UAUUUCCGCCCGUAUUGCGUUAAAAAUCAUUUAAUGAAAUAAUCCAUAAUCAUAAUUAAAAAUGUAUCGCAAUUCAUAAUGUAAAGUAGAUACAGCUAUCGAGAAUUAAGAGAGAACUCACAUCGGGAAGUAAAAACUACAGAAAAACAAUUUGGUUCUGCGGUUUCGAAGGUGAUGUGAUUGAUCUGUGAACUGUCCAAUCAUCAGGCUAGCUGUUGUGUCCGAGCCAAUCGGAGAGCAGAAGGCGGGACUUGUUAGGAGGAACAAUACGCCUGUCAAAUCCAUGUUGAUAAUAAAACACAUGAUGGAGAGACGCCUGGAGCUCUGAUUUACACCGCGGUGGGUAAAAGCACAGAUUGUAGCUAUAUAGGAUAUGAUGAAGGAGGAUGACGAUGGAAAGAAAAACCAAUUCCUUCAAAUCUUUUUUGGUCCCCUGAACAUCUGCAUGAACAUCUGCGCUUCUGGAAUUUAGCUCCAAACAAACAAACAAAAAACCCAACACAAUGGACAGUAAACAGAGGGAGAAGACCAGAAGCGGAUACUUCUGCAACGUCAAGAGCAGGCUGGGCACCAGGCUGCCGUCAGGCUUCACGCAGACUCCGGGUUAUGCCUCCGUGAGCGCUAACGUGGAUAUUACUGAUAAGGGACGCCAUCACAUCCGGAACCCCAAACUGAGACAGUAUUACCUCAAAGAAACUGCUUUUCCAUCUGACAUGUUGUCAACAAAGACACUGCAGUCUGUAGUAGAAUCAAGCAAGAGUGAUGAGCGAGCGGUUCAUCACGAGGACACAGUGUUCAGUAUAGCCUCUCGGUUUAGUGGCAGAUCAGCAGAUUCAACUUUAAUGACACAGAGAGUCUCAGCGACGCUCUCUGACCCUGUGUCUGAGCCCAAAGUGGAUGAAGUGACCCCGACGACCCCCAUAUCUCCAUCUACAGACGCAGAGUAUGACAAGCUGCUGGACGUGGAGGCGGUCUCGUUGCCUGACGGACAGCUCUGCCUGUUAGCACUGCCCCCAGAGUGCACCCAGGGGGCGGAGUCAGCGGGCCUGCCGUGUCUGAAGCUGUUCUGUCGCUUCAUCACCGACCGGAAAGGCGUGGUUUCCGGUAUUCUUCUCGUAGCAGCCAAUAAGAUGUUCUUUGACCCGUAUAAGUCCCUCCCCCUGGUGCAGGAGAACGGCUGUGAGGAGUAUCUCUUCUCCUGCUCGGUGGACGACCUGUCGUCCGUUACCUUCUUCUCCGACAUCUCCCACGUUCACUUCAGCAGGUCCACACAGAGGUGGAAACGGCGUAAGAAAGCGGCGAAGUCUAAAAGUGUGAAAGACAACAUCAGUACACCUCAGUCCACGAUGGAGGCGGCGGCUGCUCCGGUGUCCGUCGUGACAAGCGAGCUAGAAACGGAGGUGUGUGACAUGGCGGAGGACGAGGUCGGGGAGAGCAGGGACAUGGACGAGGUGGAGAGACAGCUGGAGCAGCUCGCGCUGGAGAUUAACACCAGGCAACAGCUGUGUUCAGGAAAGAAGCUUCCAGGUCAGCAGUGUGCUAAUUACAGUGGACCCAACAGCAGGAGCUCGAUGAUGUUUCUGAGGAUGCGUCAGAAGCCCCAGCUGAUGAAGAAAAAGGGUUUUGGAAUGCCGGAGAUAAGAAAAACUAAAACAGGAGCCUGCAGAGACGCCUGGUUCAUCCUGCAGCAGGAGAGUUCAGACGAGUUGUACGCCUUCCUGAGCCAACACUGGCCGGACCUGUGUAUCCUGGAAGGAGGAGUCGAGGAAGAGGCAGCAGAGCGGGAUGAAGACGACUUUGUGAUUCUCAGUGACGGAGAAGAGGAAGCAGAGGAUGAAGGCAGAGACGGACGCACCGGAGAGGAGUGGGAGAUGGUGUGUGUAGAGGACAGCAGAAUGAAGGAGUCUCUCUCUAUAGACAAAGAACCUGAUGGACUGAGUGACAUUGUGAAGCAGAGCCUCAUACUGAACACACAGCAUGUCCGAGAGCUGUCGAGCGAGCUGCCUCCUCGUACCGUGGGCAACUCGUGGAGAUUAACCUACAGCACCAGCAAACAUGGCGCCAGUCUCAAAACACUCUACAGGAAGCUGAGCACCUCGGACUCGCCCGUUCUCCUCCUCAUCCGAGACGACAAUGAGCAGGUGUUCGGAGGUUUCCUGUCUCACCCUUUGCACCCAAGUGACACGUUUUACGGUACAGGAGAGACCUUUCUCUUCCUCCUUCACCCUCGAUUUAAGUGCUUCCGAUGGACAGGUGAAAACUCCUUCUUCAUUAAAGGUGACCUCGACUCCUUUGCCGUCGGCGGUGGAAGUGGACACUUCGGCCUGUGGCUUGACGAGUCUCUGUACGUGGGCAGGAGCAGCCCGUGUUACACCUUUAACAACUGCAGCCUGUCUGAGAAUAGCGACUUCCGGGUGCUGGAGUUCGAGGCCUGGACCUUCUGGUGAUCUGACGCUUUGUCGGAUUUGAGACGGAAAAGGGCCGAGCGAGAACGAGACGGAGGGACAACGAGAGCAGAGUAAAGACUGAUCUGAGAUCUUUAUUAAGAUCUGAGGAGGAAAAGCAAUACUGGAUGGAUUCUCUGCAUAAGGAGGACACUGAUACCGCAUACGUACAACGCUAACGCAAAAACAAUAACAACGAUGACAUUGUCAUACAGUACAUUUAACAUUCGCUCGUGGAUCGAAGACCCAUGUGACCUCGAUGAAAGGCGAUAAGUAGCGAAAGCUAUAAAACAAUGAGAAAUUAAUAUUAAUAUUCUCACUUUCACGUCUUUCAGUGUUUAAACAAACCACCAUGGAAUAGCUUUUGAAAUACGUUCGUACGGUGUGUUUCCUUUUGAAACAGGAAGUGAGGUGUUGAACUUCAUGACUUGUUUUCACACCCACUAGCCAAUAGCGUUAGAGAUAAGCCCAGACCUGCUCCGCCUCCGAGUCCUGAAAGCAUUAAUCACCACGACUGAAGUCGAGAUAUACUUGAGGAAAAAAAAAUGAUCGAAAACAUCCCCUCCAAAAAAAGUGAAAAAUUAUAAAAUGAAAAUUAAUUAAAAUAUUCAUUAAAAUGACAAAACAUUAUUACGAUAAUUUAAGGCGUUUCUAUUAUACACAGUUUCACUCAGAAGACUUACAGGUUUUCCUAACAAAACUUCCCAAGAAGUUGUAUUUGUAAUACAGAAGUCCAGAAAGACAAGAGUUUGAUUUUAAUUAGAAUUCUUUGUAAUAAUUUACUAAAAUUCAACUUAAUUCACUUAUGCAAUCGUACGCCGUACGACGUGCAGUAAAAUCCUUUAUUUUUGUAAUGAUUCGUAAAUCGUUAACCGUUAUUAUUAACAUUAAAUCUAUUUAAUUAUAUUGAAUUACGUUUAAAUAAAUACAUUAAUGAAUAUAAUAAAUAAGAUGAAAACAUUUAUAUUAUUUUUUAUUUAUAUAAAUUAUUAUUGUUCGUUAUUGAUCUUUAUUUAAUAAAUAAUUAUUUAUUUAAUUAAUAUUUCUAUUAGUAAAAUCAAGCCAUUUUGUUAUUUGGACUGAAUUCUUUUUACAUAAUUUUUUUUUAUUAUUAAAUCUUUGUCAAACGUAUUUUUAAUGUUUUUAAUCAAAGAAUCGCCAUAAAAACGUUAUACAAGAGUAAGUCUCUAAUCGCUAAGAUGCUAGUCAUGCUAGAGAAAAACAAGUACGGAAACAUGUAUAACUCACGGCCUUUCUGGACUCCUGGAAUUGAUGCUAAUGUUAUAUAAUGUUUUCAAACAUAAUUUAGAAAUUAAACCAUUUUAAAGAUUUAAAACUGGAUUAAAGUUCAAAUCUGAUUAAAUUUUACCUCAGAAAAGACAUCAUUAAUCACAAUAUUUCUAUGUUAUCAUCACGUUGUCCUGCAAAGCUCAUUUCCUCUUCUAUAAAGUACAAUGAGAAGAUUUUUAACAUGUUAAAUCUACUGUACGAAGCACUUCUGGAUAAAAUAUCUAACAACUAAAAGACAUUUAUGGAUAAAUUAUAAAACUGAGGUACUAAACCAUGCGUUUGAUUCCGAUUUGUAACCAAACUGUCGGCCGUUCGCAUCCUGACGAGGCACGACGGAGACGACGACGAAGAAGCCGCCGUUUUAACACGAGGAGUACGGUUACUGAAGUUCGUUAGCUAACGCAUAGCCGUGUUUAGUAAGAAAGACAAAAAGGGAAUUGCAUCAUGGGAGAUGAACCACACCUACAACUCCUCACUGAAACUGAAUAAUACAUGGAACUUUUAAAAGUAAAAUAGUGAUGUUUGAAAUAAAAGAGUUACACACAUUAAACAUUAAACUAGACAAAUAAGUAGAAAAGGUCUUUAUUUUACGGUACAUUGUUUUAAUCCACAACACAAACCUUGUACAGUGAACAUUUUCAUACGGUCAACAUGACAAAUCCGCACUGUUUCAUCAUUUUGACGCAAAUCCGAACUUUGCUGACGUUUCCAUUGAAGCUUCGAUGCUAAUGUGGCUAACAAGUUCGAAUUUAGCUACAAAUUCUAGUUAAAAUGUUUUGUCAGUUGUCUCAGUUUUAUUGCGAUUGUCACUCAGGAUUGAUGAUGUGGUUUAGUACAGAGUUAAACUUCCUGUCAGAUAUAAAACUACGUGAACAUAUCUAUCUCGCUUAUAGCUAAACGCUGUUACACUGUCGUGUCGUUUUUGUCAUCGCCUGCAUACAUUAAUAAAUGCUAAGUCACAAUAAACAACUAAGCAUUUUCACCUCAUGGCUGAUUUACAUUUAGCGCAAAAACAGGCAAAAAAAAAAAUCAGCCACUGCAGCAGCUUGCUACCAGAGAUGCGCGCUAACUCUUCAUCUUUGUAUAAGGCGUCGUUACUUUCGUUCCAACUGAACGAACGACUAGCCUGAUUCGUCUUAAAUUGCGGACGUGAACCGACAACGUUUUAGAAACAUUUGUGAACGUAGAUCAUUUUAUUUGACAGGAGAACAAUAAUAAAAACCCGCAUCACUUAAAUUCGAUGUUCGGCUUGAAGCUCUAGUAGUUUUAUUAGUUGUUAGUUUACGGUAACUUUGUAGCUCAAGUGCAAAUCUACGUCUUUCAGCCCACGUUACCGUAACAACUACAGGAGACUAUUUACUCUGAGCUUCAACUCAAAACUUUCUCUGAUCGUCUUUAGAGUGGCUUUUGUUUUUAAUGUUUAAUACGAUGGCUCGGUAGAUUAACUGGAAUUAAUAAAUUCUUUUGUGUGUGUGUGUGUGUGUGUGUGUGU